GUCUUUGCCCUCUGAGGUGGUUAAUCAUUCAGUAACAGUCGAGGCGUUAGAUGCGUUUAAGAGUUAAAGCUCAGAGAGGGUUCCUCCAUCACCGGCGUGGCAACAUGGCCACCAAGCAGCCCGAGGACGUCUCCGAGGACGUCUCCGGGGACACGAGCCCCGAGAGCAGGGGACUCGUGGACAGGAUCAGGAAAUUCAAACCAAAGGAGGUCUUCACCUGGCAGGUUGCCAAGACGUUGGCCAUGGGUCAGGGCCUGGCCGCGCUCAUCUGCGGGACGGCCAUCAGCUCCCAGUACCUGGCCACGGUCUUCCACGUGAACACGCCCAUGCUGCAGAGCUUCUUCAACUACACCCUGCUGUGUGUCACCUACACCCCCAUGCUGCUCUGCAGAACAGGGGAUGACAAUUUUUUACAGAUUGUGAAGAGGCGAUGGUGGAAGUACCUUCUGCUGGGGCUGGUGGACGUGGAGGCCAACUACGCCGUGGUGAAGGCAUACCAGUACACCACCCUCACCAGCAUACAGCUGCUGGACUGCUUUGUGAUCCCGGUGCUGAUGGUCCUGUCCUGGUGGUUCCUGAAGACACGCUACAGGCCGGUCCACUACGUAGCCAUCUGCAUCUGUCUCCUCGGGGUGGGGACCAUGGUGGGGGCCGACCUGCUGGCUGGACGAGACCAGGGCUCCACCUCCAACAUCCUGUUAGGGGACGGUCUGGUGCUGCUCAGCGCUUCGCUGUACGCGGUGUCCAACGUGUGUCAGGAAUACACAGUGAAGAACCUCAGCAGGGUGGAGUUCCUGGGCAUGGUCGGCCUUUUCGGCACAAUCAUCUGCACCAUACAGAUGGUGAUCCUGGAGCGUCACGAGGUUUCCACCAUCCAGUGGAGCUGGCAAAUCGGGCUCCUGUUCUCCGCCUACGCGCUGUGUAUGUACACUCUGUACAGCUGCAUGCCCGUAGUGGUGAAGCUGAGCAGCGCCACCUCCGUCAACCUCUCCCUGCUCACCGCUGACAUCUUCAGCCUCUUCUGUGGGAUCUUCCUCUUCCAGUACAAUUUCUCGGUACUCUACCUGGUCUCGCUGGUGGUGGUCCUCAUCGGGUUCAUCACCUUCAACGCCGUGGCAACGCCCACCGACCACGCGGGCCCCGCCUCCUCCUCCCCCCCCACCUGCGAGGACGGGUUCGACAACCCCGCGGACGACCACAUGGACGCCACCAACCAGGAAGUGGUGGUGAGCAUCAUCUCUGAGGAGGAGCGGCGGGGGGGCGGGGGGAGGGAGGAGGAAGAGGAGGAGGAGGAGGAGAGGACGAAGGCAAAGAAGAGGAGAGCGUCAUGGCCUCCAACGAAGGGAUGGUGAUGAGGAUGUUGCACACGGCACUAAAAUGUAAAGUACAGCAAGACAGCCUGUCAAUAUGUCACACACUUUAUUAUACUGUAUUACACACACACACACACACACACACACACACACACAUAUAUACGCACACAUACAUACAUAUGUGUGUAUAUAUACCUAUGUAUAUGUACACACACAGAUACAUGUAUAUAUAAACUUAUGUGUAGACAUCCACAUAUGUACACACACACACACACACACACAUGUAUAUACACUUAUGUGUAUAUACACGUGUGUGUUUAUAUAUAUACACACACACAGAAUCUACACACCUACAUACUGUUAUAUUAAAUAUUUGAGUUUUGCUCACGUACAUUAAGAAAUGAAUGAGAAAAGGGAAAUAAAAGAGCAAAACGUGUCAUGUAGUCUUGAUCAUUUUGACAGUGGUGAAAUGUCAAAUGUAAAAGUACAUUUUCACAAUUUCAAUUUUGAGGUACUUGUACUUUAAUUGUGUUUUUUUUCAUUUUCUACAACUUUCUACG